CGGAGAGCCGGCCGGGCCCGGCGGCGGGCGGGGGAACCGGCCGGCCGCCUCGGCUGGGCGAGGGGCGGCAGGCAGUAUGACAGAUGCAACACUGCAUGCUAACCGAUUUAACAAUUAAAAUUUGAUUAAUAUGAAAGUUUCUUAUUUCCUCGCAAGUGUGUUGAAAAACUUCGUAUGAAACGCGUGUGCUAUGGUCAUUACACACAUAGGCUUUCUUAUUAGGCGCUCGCUUGCAGCUCGCGCGCACAAUAUCGCCUCGUGUGUAAUGACCAACUUAGCACACUUGUAUCAUAAUGUACUAUUAAUUAAUCAGCCAAAAAUCACUUUCUUGAACAAAAUGUAUUUCGUUUAUCACAAUGUAGCUCUUCUUUCUUUCUUCUCCUGAUAUGAUCCUUAAUAUCGGUUGCUGUAGAGUCAGCACCGUUUUCAGAUUGUCGAAUAGACUAUCUCCCCGGCAACAAUAGCACAACCGUCGUCAGCAUACAUUACAAAUAUUUUUUGAAUUGAUGACUAAUAUAAAAUAUAGCAUGAAAUUAGAAUGGCAAACAUCGUAGUUAUGCGCAGGUACACGUGUAGAUAAUUAGUAGAAAGACUGUGCAAAUUCGCAGUGACGCAAGUCGCGAUCAAUUGAGUAUAAAAGUUGCUUCGAGAUCUAAUUCGGCAGCACUGAAGUUCCACGCGGAAGCCAAGAUGGUGGGAAACUUACUGAAGGUAACUCUACUACUAUUCGUGGCUAUUACUAAUGGGAAAGUGCGAGAUCGUUACUAUCCCCGCUAUCACUUUGCCCCGCCGUAUGGCUGGAUGAACGAUCCCAACGGAUUCUGUGUCUUCAACGACGAGAUCCAUCUGUUCUAUCAGUACAAUCCGUUCUCCAGCAACGACACCGGCAUCGCACACUGGGGGCACGCGACUAGCAAGGACUACUUCCAUUGGACACACGAACCGAUCGCCAUGUUCCCUGAUCAGUGGUACGACGCAACCGGCGUCUUCUCUGGAAGCGCUCUCAUCGAAAAUAACACCAUGUACUUGUACUACACUGGAAAUGUAAACUACCCUGGAGAGACACCCGAUCACAUAAAUCGUCAAAACCUAGCCACGAGUACGGAUGGCGUCACCUUUACUAAAUAUAAAAACAACCCCAUCAUCAAUGGUUCUUUAACAACGCCAAAUAUACGAGACCCUAAAGUCUGGGAACACGAAGGUACAUAUUACAUGGUAUUGGGCAGCUCUCUGAAUGAGACCUAUGGCAGGGCCCUUCUUUACUCUUCAAACGACAAGGUUUCAUGGAACUACAUUUCUGUUCUCGCGCAGUCGAACGGCACGUUGGGGUAUAUGUACGAAUGCCCUGACUUCUUUAAAGUUGACGGUAAAUACGUACUUCUAUUUUCGCCUCAAGGUAUAGAAGCUUCGGGGGACAAAUACCAUAACUUAUACCAAACGGGUUACAUAAUUGGUGACUUUGACUAUUCAACUUAUACGUUUACUCCGACGUCGGAGUUUGUGGAGCUCGACCACGGACAUGACUUGUAUGCCACUCAGACCACUUUAGAUAAGCAUGGACGCCGUAUAGUCAUAGCUUGGUUUGAUAUGUGGUACCAGAACUACCCUGAAGCCAGCGAUGGUUUUACUGGUAUUAUGACCAUACCCAGAGAACUCAAAAUAUUGAACGGCAAGCUUGUGCAGAUACCCGUAACAGAAAUGUCUCGCAUCAAGGGAAAACAAGUUUGGGCAAUAAACGGAUAUUAUACUCUACGUUACAAAGCCGGAGAAAUUAAUGUUCUUGCCAACGGUUGUAAGGACUUUAAACUGUACAUUGUAUCGGACAAUGUCCAAGUGACGAUAUCUUACGAUGCAGCGAACGGCAAGGUGACGCUGGACCGCGGAGGCAACGACGGUAUUCGUCGCACGGAUUGGAGACCUUCAGGGCAGCUGAAAUGGAGAAUCUUUGUGGACGCGAGCUCUAUUGAGCUGUUCUGCGGAGAAGGCGAGGUGACUUUCUCGAGCCGAUUCUUCCCUAAGGGUAAAGUGUUCAUUUACCAAGGUGGAGCAGCAAAAUUGAAGGUACGCGAAAUUGUACGCACUAUGCCUAAACCAUCUAAAAAAUAGUAUGAGAAAUGAAGCCUUGUCAUAUCCGGAAACUGACAUUAUAAAAUAAUUUAAAUAUGAAAUCAUUCCAUACGUGUACAUUUCGCAAUUAAA